UCUGUCCAAUCCCGACUGCGCCCUCGGGUGGGGGCGUGGUCAUGAGACCUGGCCCUCUCAAGUGGCGGCCGCGUCCCGCCCCCUGCUCACGAGGUGGCGUCACGUCCGGCGUGUGCGUCUGGAGUGAGGCGGUCGCAGGAUGGCGGCUCUACGGAGUUGGCUGUCGAGGAGCGUAGCCUCCCUCUUCAGGUACAGGCAGUGUGUUCCAGUCGUGGCUAACUUGAAGAAGCGCUGUUUCUGGGAAUUGAUAAGACCAUGGCACAAAACUGUGGCUGUUGGAUUUGGGGUAACCCUGUGUGCAGUUCCUAUUGCACAGAAACCAGAGCCUCAUUCUCUUAGUAACGAUGCAUUAAUGAAGAGGGCUGUGUCUUUGGUAACAGAUAGCACCUCUUCCUUUCUCUCUCAAACCACAUAUGCACUGAUUGAAGCAAUCACUGAAUAUACUAAGGCUGUUUAUACCUUAAUUUCUCUGUACCGACAAUAUACAACUUUACUUGGGAAAAUGAAUUCACAGGAGGAAGAUGAAGUGUGGCAGGUGAUCAUAGGAGCCAGAGUUGAGAUGACUUCAAAACAACAAGAAUACUUGAAGUUGGAAACCACCUGGAUGACUGCCAUUAGUCUUUCAGAGAUGGCAGCAGAAGCUGCAUACCAAACUGGAGCGGACCAGGCCUCUGUAACCUCCAGGAGUCAUGUCGAGCUGGUGAAAUCGCAGGUGCAAGACGUGCGCUACCUUUCCCAGAAAGCGGAAACCAAGUUGGCAGAAGCACAGACAGAAGAACUCCGAAAGAAAACACAGGAGGAAGGGGCUGAGCCAGAGCAGGAGGCCUACCUGCGUGAGGAUUGAGGGCCUGAGCUGCUGCCCACUGCCCACUCGGCCUUGGGAGAGCAAGGGUGGACGCCAUCCAGCCCAGGUCAGCACAGCUUUCUCUGCACAAAGAGGCAGCGGCAGGUCCUGCCCUGGCCCAUCAGGCCAGAGGUCAUUACAAGCUGUGAGUGCCUGACCCCUAUCCCCACGAUCUCAGCCUUCUACUGGACCUGGUUCUUAGCCCAUGGGCACUGCACCUGUUUAACAGUUCACCCUACUCAGCACAGCUGCCCUCUCAGCCGUCGAUCUUUUUACCUCCCACCCAGAGCAUCUCCAACCUGGCCAGAGAGAGGUUGUCCACAAGUUCAGUGGCUGUUUAACCUCAGUUUCCCAUCUUAUUCACAUUUUCAAAUGAUUUAGUAUUUGCUCCCUCCAUAGGAAUGUGAGUUUUGGGGGGAAAGGGGAGCCUGUCCUGUUUGUAAGAUUUCUUUUUGUUAAAUGUUUCUAAUGCCUUCUGUGACCUGGCCCCAUUGCCCUGUAAGGACAGCUCAGGCCAAGGAGCCAGAAGUCCAUUGUUCUUAAGGGACUGAAUGCAGACUGUUUACCUGGUGCUCUCAACAGGACUUACUCCAACACA